UAUUAGUGAGGAUUUACCGAGGGAUCAGCUACGGAUCUCGCAAGUAUUUAACGAUGCACCACUAUCCCUCGCUAAUCACUCGAAAAAUGAAGGCACUUAGCUAGGGUUCAGCGAGGGAUAAAAAAUUGUGCCAUACGGUACGCGUUUAGCGAGAGAACGACGACGGAAACUUUAUUUGGGGUGCGCAUGUUUUCUUUUUUCUCUCGCUGAAAUUGGCACACCCAGUUCCAUCUUCACGAAGGCGGUGUAACUUUCCUUCCCUCCAGCUUUAUCACUCUUGACUAAGUGUAAUUAGCUUCUGCUUUAUCUCACCAUCUCUGUUCAAACGGAUGACGACGCUACUCACCUGAUUCCGGCAACCUCCAUAUCUUUAAAUCUGAAAGUAUUCUUCAUUAACCUCUGAUUCAGUUUUAUCAGGAGUUGGAGCAACUAUUGGAGCUGGAGUUUACAUUCUUGUUGGAACAGUUGCUAAAGAGCAAACAGGGCCUGCAAUCACAAUAUCAUUCCUCAUAGCCGGAAUAGCAGCUGGACUUUCAGCAUUAUGUUAUGUAGAGCUCGCAUGUCGUUGCCCAUUUGCAGGGAGUGCAUAUCACUAUUCUUACUUAUGUGUUGGAGAAGGGCAAUCUCUGUUGCUUGGUUGAUUGUUGUUUUAGUCUUCAUUAUAACUGGACUACUUUGCGCUGGAAUCAAAGAGAGUUCAUUGGCUGAAGGCAUAAUCACAACAAUAAAUGUUGUAGCCUUGCUUUUCAUCAUAGUAGUUGGUGGAUACAUAGGUUUAAAGACUGGGAUACAAAGUUCUAGGCGGUAACCAACACAGCAGAAGAGGUAACACUAGUGAAUGUGAUUGUUCUUUUGGAAGGGUAUAAUUGUAAUUUUCAUAUUGUUUAUAUUGCAAGUGAAGAAUCCUCAGAGAGAUUUACCUAUUGGGAUUGGUUUACAUGUUGUGUUUUGUAUAUGCUUGCAUCUGCUGUUGUGAUUGGUUUCGUGCCAUGUUCCCAAUUAGACCCUGAUACCCUAUCGCCUCUGCUUUUGCUAGUUAUGGAAUGAAUGGAGCAGUGUAAGCAUACAACAUUUCUUUUUCUGAAGGGUGUAAUUGUAAUUUCAUCUUUAUUUACAUCUAAAACCAUCAUCAUGAUUUCAGAUAUGUUAUAACAAUCAGAUCUGUUACUGCUC